CCCGUCCGUAGCUGAAGCCGGCGGGAGAAGAGAGAUCUCGCCGUGACUGAAUAAAUCCUCAACACACCUUCUGCUUCCCCUACGAUUCCUUCUCAACACUUCGUCUCUUUGGGAACACAUCCUUUCAAGCCAGCUGGCUGCCUCGUGUUAAAUCAAGUCGGCAUCCUAAAUUCUCUUCUAGCUUUGAUAGCUUCUUCCGAUUUGCUGCCUCUGCAUUACCGCCGAACAUUGCCUUGCAUUGAUAUUGCCCACACACAGCUAUUACCACCCGUCAUGGCACAAUCUAACUCCCUGUUAGACACGCUGAGGUCCGUGAGCCGAGUCGACUGUGAUACUCUUGACGUUGAAGUUGCCAAAGAGUUGGGUCCCUUUGUCGAUCACACCUCCAACCAGGCAAUCGCCUACGGCGAGCUCACCAAAACCACCGCAGAUGGCAAGCUGUACCACGAGCAACUCAUCCGGGACUCCGUACAGGAUGCUCAGGGCUGGGCCCACGCGGCCUGGCCAGACAUUGACCCGAUUCUUCUCGCAGUUGAGAUCAUGAUGGUCAGACUAUCACUCAAGUUCAUCCCGUAUUUGACAGGAUAUUUCCACAUCCAGACCAACACAGACUGGUCCUAUUCGGUCGAGAAAACGGUCAAGAAUGCCGAGAGAAUCGUCGAGACCUUCAAGAAGUUGGAGCCCACCUUCGACGUGAACCGCGUCUGUAUUAAGAUUCCGUCCACCUACGAGGGCAUUGCUGCUUGCAGAAUCCUCGAGAAUAAGGGAAUUUCAACAUUGGCGACGACCAUGUUUUGCAUGGAGCAAGCGGCCCUGGCUGCUCAUGCCGGCUGCACCUACAUUGCGCCGUAUGUGAACGAACUGAAAGUUCACUUUGUCCCUGGUUAUGUAGACGAGAACAAGGCUUUCAACUUCUGCAGACAGGCGCAGGCUUACUAUAUUGAGACAAAGGCCAAGACCCAGGUCCUGGCAGCUAGUCUGACCACCGUUCCUGAGGUGAUGCAGCUGGCCGGCAUCCAGCACGUCACCGUCUCGCCGCCGCUCCUCCGAGCUCUUGCGGCAGCGCCGUCCUCAACUUGGACGGAGAAGGUCGGUGGCUAUUUCGCGGACGGGCCAGACGAGCGCUGGAUCAAGGGCUUUCAGGCUGCCUUGAUAGACGAGAGCGAGUGGCGUUUCGCUUUUACUCGUAGCGGCAACGGCAGGUAUGAGGAGAAGCUUAUCCAGGCCAUCAAUAUCUUCUCCGAGAAGCAACAGAGUCUAGAGGAGCUGGCGCGAAGCUAUUUGUAGAUGAAGGCCUGCUACAAUAUAGAGUCACUGCUUGCAAUUUCAAAGCGUAGACACAACGAUCAUUAAUCAAAGGACCUGGGUAAAUUGAUGCUACAUAGACAUCCCGUCUAUCAUUAGUAUGAACCCAA